GUCCAGCUACAGGGCCAGAAGAACGCUUGGCAGCUGCAGAGCCUUUGCAUUGGCACCUGGUGUUCAGACAAGCUGGCAUGCGACUCUGUAGACGAUCCGCAUCAGGCCAUUGGCAACUACACUGCCAGUAAAGGGAAACUGAUGGGUUUCUUCCGCGAUCCCGAUCAGCGGAUUCUUUCUGGCUAUCACCGCCUCGUGAACACCUUCACUGAGGGCUGCUUCAACUGGAACGAGGCGCCCGACUGUGCUUCAGGUGUCCAAUCAUGGAUGGCCAUCCAGCGUGGGCCGCGGCAGCCCAUUCUGGAGUUUGCAGACCUGUGGAAAGGUGGCAUGACAUUCCAGCUCACAGCAGCAACUGGGUCUCCUCUUGACGUCAUUCGGCCGAGGGUGACCCUGGAUGAUGCCAGGGAAGCUGCUCGCCGAGUAAAAGAAGGUUUCGCUUUCGUGGGAAUCACUGAGGAAUGGGACUUGUCUAUCUGUCUCUUCCACAAAAUGUUUGGGGGCCGCUGCCAGGCGAUUGAGUUCGAAGACACUCGGCCAUCCUUUUCCGGCAAGACAUCUGACACAGAAUACAACACCUCGGAGCUAAUGGGCUUUCACGAUGACAUUGAUGCGGUUGUGUAUGAUGCAGCGCUUCAAGUUUUCAAAGCACAUCUCAUUGCCUACAACGUCACGUAUGAGUCGUGUCGUUCGAGCUGUGUUCCCACGUACUGA